ACACCGACACCGAUAGCCGAGGCUUAUUUCUCCAGCACCAUGAAAGCAAGCGCAAAUGGUUGACAUCCUUCUUUUUUAACAGUACUUUUUUACUUGCUUGUUCGAAAUAUUCAUGGUAGCAAUAACUAAUUUUAAUAAUAUUGGAAAAGGGAUGUCGAACGGACACAAAUAUGACGAAUCUGAGCAAAAACAGCCUCAAAAUACAUGGAGAGAGAUAGAAAUCGUGGGCAACAGCAGGAACCUCAGUCCAGUUUUAUGGACCUUUACACACUUAACUGGGUUAUAUCUUCGGGACAAUGGCAUUUCCAGAAUACCAGCAGAAAUAUCAAGGCUGAGAAAUUUAACUAAACUGGAUUUGUCAAAGAACAAAAUUCGAAGUCUUCCAAAUGAGAUUGGAGAUAUGAUAGAAUUAAAUGAUUUAGAUCUUUCAUAUAAUAGUUUGCGGGUACUUCCUAAUGAACUUGGAAGACUUUUUCGGUUAAAAAACCUCGGAUUACAGGGAAAUCCACUACCUUCAGAAAUUAUGAGCCUGCAGUUAGACAAGUUACUAACUCUUAUGCUAGAUAACCUUACUGUUUGUCCAAGGCCACCAUCACGACAAUGGAUUCCUAUAACUCAAAACACCACAAAAAAUGGAAAUUUUACUGUGAUGUCAUACAAUGUACUUUGUGAUAAAUAUGCUACUCGUCAAAUAUAUGGAUACUGUCCGCAAUGGGCUAUGGCAUGGGAGUAUAGAAAAAAUGCGAUUUUAAAAGAAAUCUUGCAGUUUAAUGCAGAUAUUCUGGCUCUUCAGGAAGUGGAAACAGAACAAUUCUGGAACUUUUUUCUCCCUGAACUGAAGAAAAAUGGUUAUGAAGGAAUUUUUAAUGCUAAAUCUCGUGCGAAAACUAUGUCAGAAGAGGAGAGAAGAUAUGUGGAUGGCUGUGCUGUGUUCUGGCAUACUUCCAAAUUUGCGCUACUAAAAGAACACUUGGUAGAAUUUAGUCAACUUGCAGCUGCACAUGCUGAAGGGGCUGAUGAUAUGGUCAACAGAGUGAUGCAAAGAGAUAACAUAGGUGUUAUGGCUUUAUUGGAGAUGGUGGAUGCCGUACCUGAGUUAGACAAUACAAAACCGAAGGUCGUUGUUACCAAUGCACACAUCCAUUGGGAUCCACAGUUCAAAGAUGUGAAAGUGAUUCAAACUGUGAUGUUGUUACGAGAGUUGAAAACGUUUUUGGAUGAAAGCAUUCCUGGAGCAAAAACGACACCAUUCAUUAUAUGUGCUGACAUGAAUUCCAUGGUCGAUUCUGGUGUAAUAGAGUUCGUGGAGAAUUCAAAAAUUCCCAUGAGUCAUCCCGACUUUCAAAAGUUGCAAUAUAACGGUUUUCUGUCAAAGUGUUCCGAGAAAGAGAAAAGGGGAAGCGAUAUUGUUACUCACCCAUUUAAGUUGAGUAGAACUGGAAAGGAUAAUGAGUUGCCUUUCACAAACUUCACCUAUGAUUUCACAGGUGUUUUGGAUUAUAUCUUUUAUACUAACGAGGAACUAUUGCCACUUGGUGAAUUGGGACCAGUUGAUGUAGAAUACUUAAAGAAAAACAAAGUUCUCGGAUUUCCACACCCGCACUUUCCAUCUGACCACAUAUGCUUGGUUGUGGAGUUCGACUUGAAGUUGCCACUGAGGUAGUUCAGUAGUCCUAUAUUUUCUUAAGAAAGUUCACUGGAUGUACUUUCUUUUACUUUUUUGUUUCAUUGCUAUGCCAGAAUUUUUUUGUUAUGUCUUAAUUGAAGGUAUUAGUAAUUUCUUAUCCUUUGUUAGUAGUAUAUCUUAUUGUACAAAAGUUUUCAAUAAUUAUACUUCUUGUUUUGGUUAAUCUUUAUGACAGACUAUCAAAAUCGAAUAUUCCUUAUUCCCAUCAAUACAAAAUAUUUGACUUGUACUAUUUCGAAGACGUUCUGAUUAGGGAUUAUUUCCAAGAAGUUUCGGAAUAAAUCCACACUACGUCAAAGAGGAAGUUUCCACGUCUUAUUCAAUUAACCUGUCAUAAAGGUAAAUCAUUACAAGUCCUGUUUUUAAAAAAACGGUAAUACUUGUCAUUUUUUCUCAAAAAUUUUGUUGAGGGGAUACCUUGUUUAUAUUUGCUAGUGGAUUGCUUGGCUCUUUUUUAUCUUACAUUGCUGAAUAAAUUAAUCAUUGUGGUAACAUUUUCUCCCUCCCCUGAGUAUGUAUUAUUUUAACAAGGCAAUUUUUAAAUUGUGUUAACAUGUAUAUAUUAUAAAGAACAUCUUUUCUAUUUUGUUUUAUUUUGAAUAUAUUGACUCUUUUAUCACCGAAUGUCUGGACAUAUUUAACUUGACUUUAUUAGAAAAGAAAAGGAUAUUUUCACAAUAUUUUCUUUUGCUUUUGUUUACGUACUGUUUUUGAUUAACUGGAAUAAUUUUGAAUAGAAUGCAUUUUGAGCUAAAAAACUGACUGUCUGAAGAUUAGAAUUUUGGUUGGAUAUAUAUUUAUAUUUCAAACGAAGUUGUAAUGUGUAUAUAUGCAUCUGGAGGAUUGUUUGACCAUAUGUUGUGAUUAUGUGUGACUCACGUUGUGUGUUGUUAUCUGUGGUGUUCUAUGGUGUGUUUAUUUUCCCUAUCUAUGGAGAUGGUUGACCUUUGUCGCGAAAAGUUUUGUUUUAACGUUUUUAAAAGAAUGCGCACAGAAAGUCAUGUUUACUUGUUCUUGAUUUUUUUUUUGAUAUCUUCUUCAAUAAUUUCUUCUUCGAUAAUCUUGUUCAACUCACAUUUUGUCAUUUUGUUUAAAGUCUCUGUAUCUACGAAAGUUUUCGCCCUGCUCUCAUAUCUAAUCCUAUACUACGGCUCUGGUAACUUUAGCAUUUUGUUUCUCAUGUGUUAUGAAAUGUUAAGUCUUUUAAUGUGUAAUUAUGUCGAAAUAUUUUAAAGGUUUUUUGAUUGGAACUUUUGUUGUUUCACACAUGAGAGCAAUUUUAUUUGUAUUAUUUACACGUGAACAUAAUUUAUUUUUUGUCUGUAUAUAAUGCUGCUCGUUGGUUUGAGAAGUUAUCAUAAGAAAUGCCUUUUUUCUAAAGAUAAAAAACAAGAAAAAACAUCAUAUGGCGUAAGAUAGCUGGCCUGAUUUUUCUUGACAUAUUUUUAUAAACCUUUUUGAUAGUGGCACAGGAUAAUUUUGGAACGGUUCUGGGGGUAUCCUCUUCGAAAGAUAACAUAUAUUUUUAUGUGAAUUUAUGGUGGCAGUGUUCUGUAUGUUUUACUUACAAAAUUUUUUGACAUAUACGAGAGAAAACAAUAGAAAUAUA